UCUUCCUCAUACGUUCUUCUCAAUACCAUUAACUCUCCGAUGCGUUAUUCCCAGGAACCAGAACCAAUUUUCUAUUCGUUUCUUCCCCAUUAUAAAAUUAUUUUGCUUUGGGUCAAAUACGCUGGAAUUGUCUCUUGUUUCUCAUAAUCCUCGGCUUAUGUUAUUAUAUAGUUCUUUGGACUGUUAAUAUGGCGGCAACUACUGGACUCGAGUCUCUUGUCGAUCAGAUGAUUUCGGUAAUUACAAACGAUGGACGCAACAUUGUGGGAGUUCUUAAAGGUUUUGACCAGGCUACAAAUAUAAUCCUUGAUGAAUCUCAUGAACGGGUCUUUUCCACAAAGGAAGGAGUACAACAACUUGUGUUGGGUUUGUACAUUAUCAGAGGCGACAACAUAGGCGUUAUCGGGGAGCUCGACGAGGAGCUUGAUGCUAGUCUGGAUUUUUCGAAACUGAGAGCUCAUCCUUUGAAACCCGUCGUGCAUUGAAAAUAGUUAUAACGAGAAAAGAAACCUAAACAAAGAGAGAUUGUAAACAAUUUGAAUAGUUCUGGAGUUGUCUGCUUUAUGUAUCCUAAGAACAAAGACUAUAUUAUAUUUUCUGUCUAACGUUUUGGCCUGAUGAAUCGUUGUAUUUCCAAAACGCAAAACACACCUU